GUUGAUAUCUUGGUAAUAAAAGUGGGAUGCCCGCAUCUCCGCCCCAGAUACACCCACUCCAUUUAGCUUCUCAGCCUCCACAGCCAAAACAAUCACGCGCAAAGUUCUCAUCUGGCACCGUGGGGAUGCCACGAGAUGACCAACAGGAGAGAUGUCCUUUCAUAGUAAGAAGUUCGUGGAGCAUAUUCCCUUCGUGGCUCCUCUGGCUCUUCACGGCGACAGCAGCUCCGCGCACUACACGGACGCGCUCUCCCUCUUCGACCUGGACGCGGCCUACUUCGACCCCAUCCACGGCCAGAGGCUGCCCUGCGGACGCCUCUCCUACCUGCCCUUCCGCGCCCCGUUCGGCGUGUGCGAUUACUCCUUCGAGCCCGCGUUCAUCCAGAAGAGGAACGAGCGCGAGCGCCACCGGGUGCGCUGCGUGAACGAGGGUUACGCGCGCCUCCGGGAGCACCUGCCGCGGGAGUUCGAGGACAAACGGCUCAGUAAAGUGGAGACGCUGCGCGCGGCCAUUGACUACAUCAAGCGUCUGCAGAGCCUGCUGGAGCUGAGCGCCUCCGCGAGGCAGAUGCCGCGCGGAGAGGCGCGCGCGCCACCGCGAGGGACGGACUGCAGCAGUGAUGGAGAAACCAAAACCAGCUUCAGCGACAGCAGCGAGGCUUAAAAAAUGUAUUCUCUGUCCUAAUAUAGUUAUUAAAAAGAUCAACAAAAGGUUACCUAAGUGCUCUUCAAACACCACCUGAAGAAUCUCCACCUUCAGGAAGUUUUUCUUUCCCAACAGUUAAAGGAAUGCAUUUCAUCAGGGAGCCCUCAGUCCCCAUAAAGAUGAAACAAACACCUCCACCGACCGACGUGCGCUGCAACACCUCUAUGCGACUCCAACCGCAAGCUAAAAAAUAAGUUUGUGCAAAAAGUAAAGCGAGUUUGGAAAGACCAGCAGGGUGCAGCUGAAGCGAACCGUUUCACAAUGGAAGAGCGGCUUUGACAGCCAUGAGAGCAUGACAAUCCCUCCACUAAUGUUUGGGAAUUAGACCCAAUAAUUAGCCAAGUGCUGGUACCCCGGGCUUGAUGGUUCAGUGGCACUCUAACGACAAAAAGCAUGACGAAAUGAAAAAGCCAUUAUGGGGUGUUUUUCUUUCCUGAUGCACAGAGAUUGAUUCUAAUCAGGUUCCUGCAGAGUUCUUGCAAGAACUGCUUCACUUCAUUGAAAAAUCUGUAUCUGAAGCUUGCAUGGGACCCAUUUAUUGGAUUAAAAUUUUUCCUUUUAUAUUUUUAAAAUGAAUGCAAGCAUAUUAACCCUGUAAAGUCCACUAAAUCAAAGAAUUCACGAGAAAUACAUUUAAAAAUAAGAUGGUUUUUAGAUCCACAAAAAAUGUGGCACUGUCAUUAUUUUAUAGAGAUAAAGAUACUAUCAAUUGUGAUAUGUUGAGCAAUUUAUUAUUUUUUUUGCCUACAACUAGUUAAUUCAAAAAAAUUUGACAUGAAUGUUCAGUUACCUUAUUUACCCGCUGUCUAAAAUUUGAUCCACACAUUAACAUGGUGAAACAGUAUUAUAAAGAAUAAAUGAUCAACAAACUUUAUGUUCUUUCAGUACAGCAGGUUGUCAUUAAAAAUGAGUAACAAUAAAUGAGUUAUUUUCAACAUAAAGGUUUAAAAAUUGGCAAAAAUAUUUUGUCCGCCAAAAGUGUUUUAGAGAUUUCGUGGAGGCAGCCAUUUUCAUCCUUCUUCUGCCCCUAGUGGAAUGAUGAUGAACUACAGGGUAGAAAACAAGGACCAAUUUCCACACUAAAAUGCAAACUUUAAAAACCUUGAUUAAAAAAAUAAAAACAAAAAACAAAAAAACAGAAAAAAACUACAGUGUGUUUCAUAAUUCAUAGCACAUGAUAUAUGGAUUAAUUCUGGAUUUGUUUAUUGAUGUCAAAGUGAGUUUGAAAGGUACAGUGCUCUGUAAAUGUCAGUGUUUUUUUUUUUUUUAUAAGUUCCAAACAAGUUUGGGUGUCCUAGUGAAUACACUAUCGAUUAGCGGUGCCGGAUUAUGUUUUUUUUCAGUUGGUACUAACAAAGGUAGGAGUCAGCAUCGUCACAGUAACCUUUUUUUGGUCUGUAUUUUAUGUGUUGCAAACAAGAUUGGGAGUAACAAUUACAGUUUUUUUUUCAAGAUGUUAUUAACUAGGUUGGGAGCUUGCGAAGUUACAGUAAUUUAUCAGUCUGUUUUUUAACGUGUUACUAAUAAAGUUGAGAGUUAGGGUAGACAUUAGCGUUUGUUCCAGUGGUAUCAGUCUGUUUUAAUAAUGUUACUAAUAAUGUUGAGAGUUAGCAUAGAAAUUAAUGUUUGUUUUAGAAGUAUCAGUCUGUUUUUAACAUGUUACUAAUAAAGUUGAGAGCUAGCGCAGACAUUAGCAUUUUUUAUAGCGGUUUCAGUCUGUUUUUUUUAACAUCUUACUAAUAAAGCUGAGAGUUAGAGUACACGUUAGCGUUUGUUUUAGUGGUAUAAGUCUGCUUUUUUACCUGUUA